UAGCGCGCGGGGUGGGCGAGCCGCGCGGGGCCGGAAACUUUUCCCCGGUGUCCCCGGCGCGGCCGGCAGCGGCCGGGAGCGCAGGGCCGGGCGCGCCCCGCUCCGGGCCCGCCGAUCCCGGGGAAGGGGCGUGGGGGGCGGCCGGGCCAUGGGGGAGGCGCCCGCGCCCUGGGACGGGGGCUACCUGGACCGCUGCUUCGCGCGCCACCGCGUCUGCAUCUCCUUCGGCCUGUGGAUCUGCUCCUCCUGCUGCUGGCUCGCCACCCACGCGCUGCUGCUCUACCUGCGAUGUGCCCAGAGUCCCCGCAGAGCCGGACGGGGCCGGUCAGCGCUGGGCGCGGUGUGCUUCCUCCUGGCCAGCCUGUGUGACCCCGCCGGGGCGAUUCUAGCCAAACAGCUGCCCAUCCAGGUCUUCACUGGGGCCUACCUGGCAGCCAUCCGCCUGGUCAGCGUCAUGUUCGUUCUCUUCCGCACCUGCGGCUCUGAGUCCACGUCCAGCUCAGGCGGGGGCUCCCCGGAGAGGAGGAGGGGACAGCGGCUCCAGACCAGCGCCUUCGCCCUGGUGCUGCCGCUCAGCCUGGGCCCCGGCUGGGCUCUCUGGACGGCCGCGCCCACGGCCUCUGCCCCCAUCCGAGGGCCGCAGCGGAGGCUGCUGGGAAACCUGCUGCAGGACCACACGGAGACCGUCGGCUACCUGCUGGGGAGCGUCGCCACCCUGGGCUCCUGGGCUUCCCGGAUGCCGCCGCUCUCCAGAAUCUGCCGGGGCGAGACACCGCUGUCCCUCCGCCUGUGGGCCUGCCUGCUGUCCGCCCUGGCCAGCCUCCUCUACGCCUCGUCCAUCCUGGCCCACGACCGGCGGCCUGACCCCCUACUCCGGGCCACUCCCUGGCUCCUGGCCGCCCUGGGCCGUGCCGCUCUGGACCUCUCAAUCAUCCUCCUGUCCUGCUGCGUGCGCUGUGGGCUGCGUGGGGCCUGGGUGUCUGAAGGCCACGAGAGCCCCGACACCCAAGCGCUUCUCACCGACGAGGGAGAGACCCCUAAUCCGGACUGGGUGCCCCUCACCACAUUACCGCACUGCCAGUCGCUCCAGACCAUGGCGGCCGUCAGCCACUACAUGGAGUUGACCGUGGAGCCAGUGCAGAGGGUGGGCCGAGGCGCCACCCAGCUGCCCAGCGAGGGACAGACCCGCCCCCGGCCAGUGUCCCCACAUGAGCCGCCCUCGUACCCGCCCGUGCAGGUCAUCCGGGCCCACGUGUCCUCCAGCAGCGGCUCUGAGGCCUCGUCCAUCAAUUCUGACCUCGAGAAGUAUUGGGAAGCCCUAAACUCGGAGCAGUGGGACCCUGAAGACACCAACCUGAGGAGGGGCAGAGGUGGCGACAUGGAGAUGCUCGGAGUCCAGGUGCUCGGGGGCUCGCGGAGGCCGGUGGACUUGACCUCUGAUGAGUGAGACCUCGGCUCGGAGCCCCAGGCCUGUCCCGCAGGGACCAUCAAGGCUUUGGAGCAGAGGCUGGCACCUGGCCACUGGGCGCGGCUGCUCUGCAUCCUGGCUCAGGAGGACGCUGAGACCUGAGCCCCGUGAACAGGCCUGGGUGUGCCCAGAGUUUGUUUUGAAGCACAGAAGUUCACACUCCCAAUGUGACCUUGAAGCUCCCACCGGAAGCACCCUGAAGCCUCUUCCCUUUAGCUUUGGCCUGACUCGGGAGUCGGAAGAUGUUCCUCUCACUGAGACCUCGUGAGUGCGGAUCUCAAGAGAGCCGUGUGUCCAAGUCCUGGCUCCGCCUGGCAGAUGCCAAGA